AUGGCGACUUUCCUCCAGAGCCUUGCCCCUUCGCUCCCCUCAGCCAGCCAAGCCGGAGCAAGGAUCUUUCAGUAUAUCCAUAAACUAGAGGAGAUACUCGUACGCCAGAGUCAGUCGACCAUGGCAUUGGCCCCGCUGGUGGCCCAUCCUCAGUCGGAUGUUGCUGUCGAGGCACGACCGACGAGUAUGAUGCCGCAGGAGCAGCCGCAUCUUCCUCCUCAACAGAGCUUGCUCGAGCAGUACGCGUUACCCAACACUGCAUUUUACAACUUUCAAACGGACUUUAUCGGAAACAUGUGGACAAACGCAUUCAACGACUCUGCGGAUAUUGACUGGGCCAGCGCCAUCGAAAGCUGGGGGACAACCUAG